CGCCGGCACCGCCCACAGCCUGCGGCCGCCCUUAAAUGCGGGCGGCGGGGCCGCGCUGUGGAGGAAGGUGUUGCCGGCUCCAGUAUGGCUGAGCUGUGCGGGCGCGUCGCGUCCCUCCUGCUGCUGCUCUGGGGCUGCCUCUGCCCGCCUGCCCGCGCCGGCCUCUACUUCAGGGAAGGGCAGCACUGCUACAAGCCGGCCCCGCGCAAGGCUCCCGGCCUGAGGACCUACCCCCGCCCGCACGAGUACCUGGACGUGUCCGCCCUACCCGAGAGCUGGGACUGGAGGAACGUGAACGGCAUCAAUUAUGCCAGCACGACGCGGAACCAGCACAUCCCCCAGUACUGCGGGUCCUGCUGGGCCCACGGCAGCACCAGCGCUUUAGCAGAUCGUAUCAACAUAAAGAGAAAAGGUGCGUGGCCUUCUGCCUACCUCUCUGUUCAGAAUGUGAUUGAUUGUGCUGAUGCAGGAUCCUGUGAAGGUGGAGACCACUCAGGUGUUUGGACGUAUGCCCAUGACCAUGGCAUUCCAGAUGAGACCUGCAACAACUACCAAGCUAAGGAUCAAAAAUGUAAGAAGUUUAACCAGUGUGGAACUUGUGUCACUUUUGGAGAAUGCCAUGUGAUAAAGAACUACACUCUCUGGAAAGUUGCUGACUAUGGGUCUGUCAGUGGAAGAGAAAAAAUGAUGGCAGAAAUCUAUACUAAUGGACCAAUUAGCUGUGGCAUAAUGGCUACUGAAAAGUUGGAUGCUUACACUGGUGGACUUUAUACAGAGUACAACCCCUCGCCUGAGGUGAAUCACAUUGUAUCUGUGGCUGGCUGGGGUGUAGAAAAUGGAACAGAAUACUGGAUUGUUCGUAACUCAUGGGGUGAACCCUGGGGUGAAAGAGGGUGGCUGAGAAUUGUGACAAGUGCGUAUAAAGGUGGAAGAGGAGCAGAGUACAAUCUUGCUAUUGAAGAGGACUGUGCAUAUGGAGAUGUUGUACUUCCUUGAUUCUAUAUUGUACAUUUUGCUGUUUAGGAACUACUUUGUUUGGAAGCUUACCAGCACAACCUUUUUCUGUUUGAAGAACAGCAGUCUAAAUUCUUUCACAGUUCAACACCAUCAGGUAGUUCUGCAAAAUUAGCCCAGAUAGCAACACACAGUGUCUUCAAAGUAAAAUAAAUACAGAGCUACCUUUAGAUAAUUUACAACUUAAAGUAAUUUACGCAUGAAAAAGUUGUCUGCCUUUAUGCACAGUAUUUAGUCAAGAUGAUUUAAUCACAGAAACUGUACAUGUACAUCUCUGUAUAUUUUUUUAAAUACAAAUUAUGUAGACAUGCUGGGAAGAAAAAGUAUACUCAAUAUUUGGGUCUAGAGCUUGUAUUAAAGUCUGACAGUAUUGAGCAAAUAUCAUCUCACAAUGAUGCAGAUGAAAAAACAAAGUGAGUCUGGAUGUGAUACAUUCAAAAACUAAAUCCCCUGUUGUUUCCUUGGCCUCCUGGUAAAACAGUGUUGUUGGAAGUCUCAUAUAAUGCAGUUGCUAUUUUCCAACCAAAAUGAUAUAACAGAAAUUACUUUGAUCAAAAGACAAAGUCUAUAAAUGCUUUAGUUAUUUAAUUAGUCUUGUCUUUGCUCAAAGUCCUUGCUUUAAUAUGUAAUUGGCUGUGCCAUUUCUUCUCCUAAGGAGGUAAAGUAUAAAUUGCCACAACCUAGAACUCUUCCCUAAUUUGAAAGGUAGCAAAUUCUCUUCCUUAGUAACUGGCUGUUUUAAGUGACAAAGCAGUCAUAUCAAAUGUUACUAACUAGCAAUGUUAAUUGCAUUUAAUAAAUAGAUUUUUUUUUCUCUUA